AUGGCCGCCCUGCUGUUGGUGUUGCAGCUGCUGUCGCUGCUCGGUGCAACGUUCGCCGGUUACAGCUCCUCGCUGGGUGAAUCGAGCAGUUCGAGCAACUCUGUGGCCACCAGCAAGUGUGAUAAGAAUCCCUUAACCGAGCUCACCUUUCAACUGAGUGGCAGCAAUCUGCAUUGGCCCUGCGACUCCACCAAGAACAUUUAUGUGCAGUCCGGUCGCUAUGUGCCCCGGAAUGUGAUUGUGACGCGUGCGCAGCUGCAGCGUGAUUCGGCGUUUGUGGCGCUGCCCAGAUACAAGCAGGGUGUGCCAUUCACGCUCGGUAAAGUGAAUCUGAAAAAGGGCGAGUGCCUGGCCAAGAUAGCGCCAUAUCCCUGCUGGGCGAUACAGGAGGAGGGCAACUGUCAGGCGCUGCAGUCUGUGGUCGACAUUGCCGUGGAUCAAAAUGGCUUACUCUGGGUCUUGGAUGUGGGCAUUGUCAACACGCUGGAACAGCCCAUACGUCGCUGUAGUCCCAAAAUUGUGGCAAUCAAUACGGCCAACAACAAGGUGGUAAAGAGCAUUGAUCUCAGCGAUUUGGUUACCUCCGAAAGUCGUCUGCAGUUCAUUGUUGUUGACUACUCCAAAGAUAACAAGCCAUUUGUCUAUGUGGCAGAUGCAGGUGCUCGCAGCAUUCUGGUGUACGACAUAACAGGCAACAAAUCAUACCGCAUUGUGUUGCCACGUGCCACGGCGCCCAGCAAUGAUGUGCUCUAUGUCGCAUUGACUGCCAAGCCGGACGGCACCUCGACACUCUUCUUCAGCUAUCUGAGCUCCUCGCGCUUGUACUCCAUUAAGGGCGAGUACUUGCGUGUGGGUCAGGGCGCCGGCUCCAUUAUCGAUGUGGGACCCAAGCCCUAUGGCAAGCAGGCUGUGCUGCUGGGUGCCGAUGGCGGCACCUCGUUGUUCUUCCGCUAUAAGGGCGAGAACGACAUUUAUUUGUGGGACUCGGAGACCUGUUUCAAGGCCUCCAAUUUGCAGGAGGUGCAACGUGGCGGCGACUGCCGUCUCUCCACGCAGGUGCUGCCCGGACACAAGCGAUUCAUGUGGGCGCUCGAAAGCAAUUUCCAUGACUUUAUAUCGGAUCGCACAGGCUGCAACGGCGCCUCCAUUGUGCUGCAUCCGGUUGUGCGCGAGUGCGAUGAUUAA